GAGCGAGGGAACUUUUCUUAAGUCCCGCCGCCCGGCGGUGCCCAGAGGAGGCGCGGGGAGCAGCGGCAUGGCCCGGCUCGGCGGCGUCUGCUGCUGCUGGGGGCUCGUCCUCCUGUGGGCUGCGGCGGGGGGCCGAGCAGAAAUCCGCUAUGCAACCGUGUACUGGAAUAGAGCUGAAAAAACACUUCAGGUCAGGAAUAUACUGGACAGGAGUGGAGAUGCCUAUGGUUUUUACAACAACACUAUACAGACGACAGGUUGGGGAGUUCUGGAGAUAAGAGCAGGCUAUGGAAGUCAGACCUUAAGCAAUGAAGAUAUCAUGUAUGCAGCUGGCUUUUUGGAAGGCUACCUCACAGCUCCGCAGAUGUAUGACCAUGCUGCAAAUAUGUAUCCACAGUUAAUUAAGAAUCCCACCGUUCGAAGUGGAGUUCAGAAUUUUAUGGCGAAGCAAGAUCAAUGGACAAGACAACAAAUCAGAAAUAAUAAGGAUGACCCCUUUUGGAGGCAUGCUGGCUAUAUUAUUGCACAGUUGGAUGGUCUGUACAUGGGAGCCCUCGAGUGGGCUAAGCUACACAAACAAACACCACUGAGCAUCUUUGAUGUCCAGUUUCUGAAUGCAGUUGGAGACCUGUUGGACCUCAUUCCUGCAUUAUUUGAGUAUUCUGCACGGAGUGGACAGUGCAACGUGGAGCCAGGAAGCCAUGGGAAAUACCAGUGGGAUAUGGGUCACUGCUCUGCACUCAUCAAGGUUCUACCUGGAUAUGAGAAUAUAUAUUUUGCCCAUUCUAGCUGGUUUACAUAUGCAGCCACACUGAGAAUAUAUAAACAUUGGAACUUCAAUAUAGUUGAUCCAGCCACUAGCACCAGCCGUGUCUCAUUCAGCAGUUACCCAGGCUUUUUGGUGUCCUUGGAUGACUUUUACAUACUAGGCAGCGGCUUGGUAAUGCUGCAGACUACCAACAGUGUGUUCAACCAAUCCCUCAUCAAGCAAGUGGUGCCUGAAUCCCUGUUAGCUUGGCAGAGGGUCCGCAUUGCUAACAUGAUGGCAGAUGGUGGCAAAAGUUGGGCAGAAAUCUUCUCGAAGUUCAAUUCUGGGACCUACAACAAUCAGUACAUGGUGCUAGACCUGAAGAAGGUCAAGCUGCAGAAGAGCCUAGAUGAAGGUGCAUUGUACAUUGUUGAGCAAAUCCCAACCCUCGUGGAGUAUUCUGAUCAAACAAAUGUUCUUCGGAAAGGUUACUGGCCUUCAUACAAUAUCCCUUUCCAUGAAAAGAUCUACAAUCUCAGUGGGUAUGCGGCAUACGUGGAGAAGUAUGGCAUGGAUUUCUCUUAUGAGCUGGCUCCAAGAGCAAAAAUCUUCCGUCGAGACCAGGGCAGGGUGACCAGCUUGGAAGGCAUGAAGUACAUCAUGAGAUACAACAACUACCAGCGUGAUCCUUAUGCCGAACACAAUCCUUGCAACACCAUUUGCUGCCGGGAAGAUCUCAAUCCUUCUUUUCCAGUGCCUGCAGGCUGCUAUGACUCCAAGGUGUCAGAUUUCCGCCUGGCUUCAGCCUUCACAGCCACUGCCAUCAAUGGCCCCCCAGUACAGGGUGGUCUCCCUGUCUUCACCUGGAGAAGGUUUAACCACACGCGACACCAGGGCCUGCCAGACUCCUACAACUUCAAUUUUGUCACCAUGAGGCCGAUCCUGUAAAACCAGCAUCAAUAUUACCAAAUGGAUGUAUGUUUUUUGGGGUUUUUUUAAUGGAAAUUUUCCUUCCUGUGUGUAAUAAACCGACCUGGAUGUCCACAUGCCUGUGCCUUACCUGCUUUCCCCUGUCCUGCCAGCUAUGCACAUUGUACUGAUGUUGGCUGCUUCGGUGCAUCCCAAUGCAAGUUCUGCUCUUCUGAGCUAUUUGGGUGGCCCUUCCUCUGACUAGGAUUGAUGGGAAGCAGGCAUGGCACUGCUUCCUGGUGAUCUGAGCCAUUAUCACAGCUGUUCCCAGAGCAGGAGCAAGCUGCAAUGCCAUCAGUGAGAGUGAUCUAUCUCUAGUACCAGUGUGGGGACCUGCAUCCAGGGCUGGGUCAAGCCAGGUGGCUGCUUUGGGCCACAGGUGGCCUUAUCUAGAUACAAGCCUGCUGGCUUGAUGUCUCCCUUUUGUCCCAGAAGUGCCUGCAAGUACCCUGCAAAUUGCUCCUCAUGGAGGAAUGUCACUAAUGAAGAGUCAAGGCUGUGUUUUUCGUGGCAGAUCGGUGUGCCUGUUGGCCACAGGGCAUGGCUUUCUGUGGUGUUUGCAAGGUUUCCUUUGUCUCACCGAAGCAGUGUGCAUGGAUCAGGCUGCCUGGAGAGUUCUGAAAGCAGCCAGAUGCUUUUGGAAACACCCACACACUUCCUCCCUGCCCCAGGCUGCAGAGUAGCAGCAGGGAGAGAGCCGUGUGUGUGCCUGUGCAUUUGAUCUCUUGCUGAUCGGCCCGUGCAGUUGCUCUGUGACUUCUUUGCCUGCUCCCUCAGCUGUAGAAGUGGAAUGAGGCAGUGAGAUGGCCAUAAGGGCCAGGGCUCCACACAUGACUCUUAGCUACCUGUGUUUAUACUGCAGAGUCUAGUCACUGGGGUGUUUUGUGCUAGGUGUUAUACAUGUAAUUAAGUAAAACAAAAUGAACAGCUUUUUCCUCACAGCCUUAACGGUCUGCAACAAAUAGUGUGCGGCACUGCCCUGUGUUAUGAAGGUGAAGAAUGAGCAGUGUGAGGUUUUGGUUGAGCACUUGGAAUUAAUUUGUGUGAUGGGGAAGGGAGUGAGUUCCCACAGCAUGGGUGAGGUUCUGGCCUUAGUAUUUGGCUGUCACAGUAGGGCUGAUAUCUGCCAAGGGAAGAGGGAGACCCACAGUUACAGCAGAGCUUUUGCUGAGAGUGAAAAAUAAGGGACUGAAGUGAUUGGUUUGCUGGAGCAGAAGGAGGUAAAUGUGAGAGGCUGGAGAGAGCAUCUGCACCAUGUGCAGGGGUAGGAGGAGUGGGUGGGAUGCAGGGGCAGGAGAGCACUGUGUAAAUUGUCUAACUGCUGAAGUGCUCACAGCCACAUUUUGCUCUGUGAUGCAGCUCUUGGUUGGGUAAAAUUUGCUGAGCAAAAUUACUCUGCUGUGGUACAGAGAGACACAGUGACACAGUCAGUGUGUGGGUUGGCGCAUGUGCCAGGUGCAGCUGUGUCCGUGCUAGCAGGGGGUGUCUGUGCUCUUUGCUUGGUGCCCCUUGUGCACCAAAGGAGCUGGCAGUGCUGCACAGCUGCCUUACACCACAGGCAUGGGGGGGAGACGUCCCUGGUCGCUGAGCUUUAGACACAGCACCCCCUUCUCCUUUACCUCAGGGUUCUCUGUCACUGCAGGUGUGUAUCUCAGCCCCCACGUGAGCCCUUGUCCCUGUCGGGCUUGUCCUUGCCUCAAGCUGUGUAUGCACAGACCACCCCCUUGCAGUGUUUUGCAAUCCCAGCCACCCCCUCCCUGCCCUAUGCCAGGGAAUGAAGGGCAGUGUGUGGGGUGUGCUCCCUGUUGCCCUCCUUGAGCCAUAAACACUAGUGGGGUCAGGCUUGUAGUGCAUCCAGUUUAUGCUGGGCUUUGAGAGAUGGUUGGCAACAUGGUAGCCAAGGGCUGUCUGCAACCACAACCCAGAUGUCUUGUUGGCAUGCAGAUGUGAUUAUAAGUCAAUCAUCUUAUUCUGUGAAUAAUGGCCAACCCAGGGCCCAUUGGCUUUCCAAAAAUGACAACAGGCUGCACGCCAGGAUCACCCCUUGAGUAGGGACAUCUCUCAAGGUUACUUCUCAAGGUUGAGAAAAUGCUUAUUGCAUCAGCUUCUCGCUAAGUGAACUGGGAGUAAGUGCUGGAACUCUUGAAACCUUACUGAAGUGCUGUAAAGGAUUCUUGUGCAUGUAUAAUCCUUUAGCUAUAAACUAGUGACCAAGUCUGGGACUAGGAUUGGAUCCAGCCACACUAGACACCUCUCUGAGAAGAAGUUUAGAACGCAAGGGGGUCCUUUCUGAGCCUUGUGACUCAACAUGGGGGGGUCUUCCUGACAGUUUUGCCUAACCCUUUUUUCUAUGCAGGAAAUAAUCUUGUACCUUGCCAUGGAAUCUUGUUAAAUCACUGUUGUGUUUACUAUUGAAAGUGAUUAACUCAUUGUUUUCUAUCAAUAAAGUAUAUUGGUCCUUCUCUCUUACAA